AUGCACUUCUCUCGACUAAUAUUCGCAUCUUUAGUGUGGACAGCCUUUGUUUAUGGUGCUGACACAACGACCACAGCAGCAGUUGGAGAUACAACAGAUACAGCUGCAAAUGCAGCAACCACUGUAAAUACUGCAGCAACUACUACAGAUACAACUGCUGCAACUACAACAAACACAAAUGCUGCAACUACUACAAAUACAAAUGCAGCAACUACUACAGAUACAAAUGCUGCAACUGCUGGAACUACUGCAGCAACUACAACUGAUACAACUGCUGUAAACACUGCAGCAACUACACCAGCAACUACUACAGCAGCAACUACUACAGCAGCAACUACUACACCAGCCACUACAACUACCACACCAGCCACCACUACAACCCCUGCUGCAGCUGCUACCACUCCUGUGGCUACAACUGCCGCAGAUACUGUAACUCCAGCAGCAACAACCGAUACGGCAACUGCUCUAACAACCGGUACAGACACUUCUGAUGACACAAGCACGGAUACAGGCACUUCAACAUCGGCCUCAGUUUCCCCAACAUGGGUUUGGGUGACAACAACUGUAAACGGAGUGGCUACCACACCUUCCAUCAUGUUUUCGCAGAAAUUUGAGACAUUCUACAGCACUAUAGCAUCUCCAUCGUCUGGUGUGAUUGGCUUGGGAACCAUCAAGGGAAGUGUUGGUGCUUUGAGAUCAUACAAGACCGUUACCAUCUCUGUUAAGGCUGGAACUGACGACUGA